GCCUCCGGCCAGGGGGCGCCUGGGUGCAGGGCUGGCGAGGCGGGAGCGCGGCCAGGUGCGUCUGUCUCCUGCCUCCGCCCCACGCUCCCUCCUCCCGCGCCGGGGAGCCGCAGAGCGCGGCAGCGGCAGGAGCAGGAGGCGCCGAGCUCCCAGCGCAGCCGCUCGCCCCGCGCACCCCGCCGCAGCUCAGCCCGUGCCGCCGCCAUGGCGAGGAAAGGCCGGAGGGGCUGCGACUGCCGGCGCUUCCUGAGGAACAACUGGCUGCUGCUCAGCACGCUCUGCGCCGUGGUGCUGGGUAUUGGGGUAGGAGUUCUAGUACGAGAAUAUGGCAAGCUCUCCAACCUGGACAAGUUCUACUUUGCAUUUCCUGGAGAAGUUCUGAUGAGAAUGCUCAAACUCAUCAUUCUACCCUUGAUCAUAUCAAGCAUGAUUACAGGUGUUGCUGCUUUGGACUCCAGUGUUUCUGGGAAGAUUGGUUUGCGUGCCGUUGUAUAUUAUUUCUGCACUACAGUCAUAGCUGUAAUUCUAGGGAUUGUGCUAGUUGUGACCAUAAAACCUGGGGUGUCUCAGAAAGUUGAUGAAAUUGACAGAACGGGCAGCACCCCUGAAGUCACGACGGUGGAUGCAAUGCUAGAUCUGAUUAGGAAUAUGUUCCCAGAAAACCUCGUCCAGGCUUGUUUUCAACAGUAUAAAACCAAACGUGAAGAAGUGAAACUUACAAGUGAACUGGAAAAAAACAGCACCGCGGUUACAGAAGAGCCUGUCACAAUUGUCAUGACAACAGAGGCUUUGGAAAACAAAACCAAAGAAUACAAAAUAGUGGGCAUGUAUUCCGAUGGCAUUAAUGUGCUGGGCUUGAUUGUCUUUUGUCUUGUCUUUGGAAUUGUUAUUGGGAAAAUGGGAGAAAAGGGACAAGUCCUAGUGGAUUUUUUCAAUGCACUGAACGAUGCUACAAUGAAAAUUGUUCAGCUAAUCAUGUGGUAUAUGCCACUUGGCAUUUUGUUCUUGAUUGCUGGGAAGAUAAUAGAAGUUGAGGACUGGGAAAUCUUUCGCAAACUGGGUCUUUAUAUGGCAACAGUACUAAGCGGACUUGCAAUCCAUUCCGUUGUAGUUCUGCCACUGAUCUACUUAAUAACAGUAAGGAAAAACCCUUUUCGGUUUGCCAUAGGGAUGGCUCAGGCACUUCUGACAGCCCUCAUGAUCUCCUCCAGUUCAGCAACUUUGCCUGUCACCUUUCGCUGUGCAGAAGAAAAAAACCAUGUCGACAAAAGAAUUACCAGAUUUGUUUUACCAGUCGGAGCUACAAUCAACAUGGAUGGAACAGCACUCUAUGAAGCCGUGGCAGCUGUGUUUAUUGCACAGCUUAAUGACUUAGAUUUGGAUGUUGGCAAAAUAAUUACCAUUAGUGUCACAGCGACUGCAGCCAGCAUCGGGGCUGCAGGGGUCCCCCAGGCUGGACUAGUCACCAUGGUGAUUGUGCUGAGUGCAGUUGGGCUACCUGCUGAAGAUGUUACCCUUAUCAUAGCAGUUGACUGGCUUCUGGAUCGGUUCAGAACAAUGAUAAACGUCCUUGGAGAUGCCUUUGGUGCAGGGAUUGUGGAGAAGCUCUCUAAAAGAGAGCUAGAGCAAAUGGAUGUCUCUUCUGAAGUCAACAUAGUCAAUCCUUUUGCCUUGGAAACAACAAUCCUCGAUAAUGAUGAACCGGAGACCAAGAAAUCCUACAUCAAUGGAGGUUUUGCCGUAGAUAAAUCUGACACCAUAUCAUUUACCCAGACAUCACAGUUCUGAAGCCUACAGUUCCACUGACACUGAAGGAUAAUUAAGAAAAAGCUAAUAACAAACUUGAGUAUAUUUAAUUUAAUACACAGACUUCUGGUUUUUUCCCCCCACUGUUUGGAUUCACAGCAUUUGGUCCCUGUGGACAAGUUGAUUAGAAGGCAUUAAGGCAAGUUGUAAAAUAUGUCAUUUUUUAAUCAUGUAAAAUGGAUGAGGCUUUGGAAUAUCUGUUUGGAAUCAUCUAGCUCAUAAGCUGGAUGUUAGAAAACCAGGCCAGUGAAAUGAAGCAUAUGUGCUUCUCUCGGGCAAACUGCAGUGUUUCACACCUCUCUUCCAUUCUGCCACUCUGUGUAUGGAAUUCUUGUUAAUAUUUUUGCCUUUCACAUUUUUACAAAUGACACUGCAUAUAAAACACCUACUGUAACUUGAUAAUGUGCCAAAUUGUUCACUUCUGCAGCUAAUUUGAACAACACAUGGGGCAAACGGUUUUAGAAAGAAAACAGGCCUUAAGGGUUCUGCAAUAAGUGUUUUAACAUUUAUGAGGUUUUACGUUGCUUUUACUUUAAGCUUUAUGGAUGUUAGAAGUUAUUGGUCAAGGAAAAGCUUCUAAUGUUAUAUAGUUGAUUCCCCCCCCCUUUCCCCCUCCCCCAUGAAUCCACCAGAGAGCAGAACUGAACUCUGCGGGUAAAGCAAAUUGCUACAGGUUUGCUCUUCUUAUACUUGAAUAAAUUAUUGCAAAGUGAAACUCUCUGCCAACUUAGGUCCAUUUUGAUAGUUUAUUAAAACAUCUCCAUUGGAAGUAGCAAGAAGACAGCUUUGGUAUUGUCCAUUUUUUAUUUUAGCCUACUAUUUCUCAGCUGCAGGGCAGGCGGAGAUCAGGAAGAUGAAAAUAGCUACUCAUAGGGUGACUUCCAAAUCUUUUCUGUUCGGAAAAAGAACAUAAUAUCAAAUGUAGAUGAGAUUAGUUUGUUUGCUCCUUGGUUUAAUUUCUUUGUUGAGCAUGUGUAAUUUUGCAGCUGCAAAAGCCCUAGGCCCCAUCAUUUCAGUGCCAAGCCCUACCUGCUAAAUCGUACUAAGGAACCCAUAUGUUCCAGUGACUUGUUAUACAAAGUGACAACAUCACCAUGGGCUUCUUCAUAAACAUAUUCCAUAAUGUCAAGCAUUCUAUACCAUGCUGGAUAUGAUAUUUCCAUGGUGCAACAUCAUUCCCCAGAGGGAGGAAUCGCUGUUAAGAACAAACUGUUUGCCUUGCACAUCUAUGUCAUGUCGACCAACUGACUUGCAAGGCAAAUUGAAAUUCAUACCCAAGAGUCUCUUUCUUAAAUAAGCUUGUAGUAAAUAUAAAAUUGCAUUUACAUGCUGUCAAAAAUAUUCAAGUUCCUGGAUUGUUAGAUAGUAAAUUCAAUCCUACACUUUUGUAUUUAUGUAAACCGGGAAAUGUGCCAAAGAGAACUGAGAAGAAAAUAAUCCUUAUGGUAGGUUUUGAUAAAUUGCACCUUAAAUUAAAUCAGUGAGACAUAAGCCUGUAUGUAUUUAAAAUAAACAUUGUAAACUAUGACACAGUGUGACUCUAAAGUAAAAAUACUGAUAUGUUUAUACAAAAUAAAGGAGUGUACAAAUUAAGUAAAUCAAUGCUUUACCAUGUGCAGAACUAGUAUAUAAAAUCUUCAUUUGUACAGCUUUGUUAAUAGGAGAAAAAACCCACCAGUUUCCAUAGUUAUCUAUCGUGUGCUUUGCUUUUUUAUUUUAAUUUUAUUUUAUUUUAAAGUCUUUUUAUUUACCAGCUUCUUUUAAGGCACUAUGGAUACUGUUCCCAUUGUGAUCUAAAUAAAUAUUUAUUUAUUUCAUUCCUUCUCCAUCCUACCAUCCUCUCUUCAUCCCUCUGUGGAAUUCUGUAUUUCUCCUGUUAUGGCAGGAAAAAACAGAUGAACUGCUAAUACACUACUAAAUCGCUUUUGCUGGCGACACAUUUGUAGUUUUACCAUGUAUGGAUUGCCCUUUUCAGUAAGGAAGGCAGACUGCUCCUUCAGGGGCCCAAUCUUAAGAAGGCAAGCAAAGCCUUUACCUACAGAGGGACUGGAAAAGGAUCCUCCUAUCCAAAACAUGCUUUAGCACCAAGGAUCCCGUGCAGCCAACCUGCAACUGAUGCUACUAGGUAUGAGGAGCUGCAGCACCAGACAAGCUAUCCAUAUUCUGAAGAUAUUGUUAAGUCCAGGGAUACCUGUCCUCAUGAAAUUUUGGUCACAUAGCUUUUUAGUGUGUGACCCACCAAGUGUGAGCCAAGUGCUUGCCUUCUCCCUUCACAUUAUCCUGCAGAGAUUUCACAGCAGAAUUUAUUUCCCUUGCAUGCUGGUGUGGAUACCUUCUUCCAGGAUUCUCCACAGAUCUGGCCCCCCACACAAGAAGAACAGAAUGUUACUGCUGCCUUAGGCCCUUAUGCAGCUUUGCAAGCAACCUCAGGAUUGGACCCAAUGUUCUUUAAGUAGCACACAUGGUUUUAGCCAUGCUAUUUCCACUGAAAUCGGUAGGAGUCACGUGUUCAAAAUCAUACACAACUCUUAAAACUCUUCAGGCUGGAUUGUCCAAAUUUAGUGACACAUUUAUGUAAAUUUUAGAAGAUAAAAAUGAAGCCACACAAACAUGACAUGUGCUAUUUGACUAUAUCUGUAUCUUCCUUGAGAAGAACAGAAACCGCUUAUUGUUUAAGUGCAGCAGCAAAAAACCCCAAACUAACAGCUUUAUCAUUCCUCUGGAUUACAGGGGUUCAGGCCACAUUGGACCACCAGAUUGCAUCUGGACACCCCUCCUUUAGAAUGCUGUGUGUGUGUGUGUGUGUGUGCACAUAGGUGCAUGUACGCACAACACCAAUGCCUAAGCAGUUCUGCUGAGGGAAUGGGGCCAUGUUCCUAAUGUUACUUUGUAACUGCUAAUGCUAGCUCUACCAUGGAGCAGCGGUUCUCUGUCCCUCCUACGUUGCAGCUGGUAUCUGAGCAGGUGUGCAAAGGGGCGGUCUGGCUUAGGGAUGUAAAUAUCAGUUUAAACAGUUAAUCAGUUAAACAAUUAAAAUUAUAUCAUUUAACCGGUUAAGCAUUAACUGACGUCGCUCCGGUGGUAGGCCAGCGCAGAGGGGCAAGGAUUGGGAACCCACUGAGUUUGGGGCCACUCCAGCCUGCCUGGCCUGGCACAGCCAGGGCAGCUGGGGUCCCACCGGCCCACUCAGCGGGGGCUACUCCAGCCCAGCAGGGCCCUGGCCAUGGACCUGCUGGCCGGCCCAAUGUGGCCACCCAUAGGGGUUAAUGGUUAAGGUCCAGUUAAAGUAAGCCUAAUGCUUACCGGUUAACCUUUUACAUCCCUAGUCUGGAUGUGGAGUAGAGGGGAGAAAAGCUCUUGGCAACCUCCCUUCAUGUGCAUCUGUGAAGGGCCAACCACAAUUAGCAUGGAAAGUGGAGCGAUAACCUAGAGAGCAUUCAGUUAGUAAACACAGUAUUACUGCAACAUUUCUACAGCCUGGCCAUCAUUAUCACCACUUUCAACAACAUCAAAAUGGCACCCGUGCAAGCUUUGUUUUAUUUUAAUAAUAGAAAGAAAAUACAAAUAUAUUUUAAAUAAUAAAGAAAGAAGAGUGGGGGCUAUCAUGGAUUUUCCUAUGACCAAUUCCUGGCUCCACUGAAGUCAAAGGAAUAACUCCCACCAGCUUCACUGAAACCCAGCAAUUACCAUCUAAAGAACCAUAUUUUGCCCUCCAUUUUCAUACAGAAGUUCCCGUUGAAACUGAGUUGUGCCUAAAAACAGGUCAGAAUGUGACCCAGAGGAAUUUGCUCAUCCCAUUUAGCCUUGACAACUAAAAGAAAGUGGCAAAUACCAUUCUAAACAAAGCCUUUUUCUCUCUUCCAAGUCUGCUUCUUUUCUCAUCUCCACCACUUUUACUCCUACAUUGCUCCAUUGGCUUAAGUGGCAUUGCCAGUGACGUAUGGUGGUGUAAGUCAGGAGGAAAAUCAGGCACAUAGACUUUCACACAGUAACACACACACACAUACACACAAUCUGUGCACUGCUUCUGCCUGAGAAUACGUCUCCAGGGUACACAGAGAAGGGUGAAAGAAGGAGAAGCACAGUAGAACUAGAGCAUUUCAGUCUAACCCUAAAUUGUAAGUGUAUCACCACAUAACCAGUCGUGGAAUCCCUCUGUAUCAAGCACUUGAUUUGUUACUGUCGUUCCAACAUGCUGAGAGCAAUUAUUAAAU